CUCAUGAUGAUGAAAGGUCUGUCCAGCAGCCGCAGCCAUCACCACAUGGUGGCCUGCGACCCCUCGUACGACCCCUCGUACGACCCCCUGGGUCACCAUGGCGACCGCAAGCCCUACCUCAUCAGCCAGAUCGAGGCUCCGCCCCCUCCGGAUCAUCCGUAUUACGCGACGCGGAACUCGUAUCAGCCAGACUGCGUGGUGCCUUAUGGGACGUUUCCUCGUCGCCACUACAGCACAAGCCAUGAACCCAAGGACGAGGGCGCCGUGGUGCCCUACACGGGCGGCGUGGGGGCCCCGGCGAAAUGCCAGCGUGUGCCCGUCAACCUGCUCGAACAUCUGGAUCGGCAGCUUCCGUUACCACGGGACGGAUAUCACACGCUGCAGUACAAACGUGCCGCAGCUGCCGCCGCCGCUUUGGAGCAGCGGAACGACAGUCCCGGGCGCAUCCGGCACCUGGUGCAUUCGGUACAAAAACUCUUCACCAAAUCGCACUCGCUGGAGGGGCCUCACCACGGUGGGCACGGGCACGGGAAGAGCAGCAUGAACGGAAGCAAACCCGGUCCGGAAGGAGAGAACACCCCGACGCCCACGCCGCGCCAACGCAAGCGCAGCAAAAGCCGCGAGCGCUGCAAGUCAGCCGAGCCGAAGCAACGCACGCCGCCUUCGGGAUACUGGAGCUCGGACGAGCUGGAGCGCGACGUGUGCCCGCUGAGGCACGUCGCGCCCGGCAUCAUGACCGUAGGACGACACCCGGAGCGGGCACAGUCGCAGUACUUCCUGGAGGCGUGCGGAGCCGAGCCCAUGCUGAAGAACUCCCGCAGCAGCAGCGACGUGGCAAAGUGUGCCACGUGCGUCAUCCCACCGCCGACCCCCGACGCCACCCAGCUGGCCAAGAAGAGCUCCUGGUCGUCCUCUCUUACGGUGAGCAGGGCACGCCAGAUGUACCAGCACGCCGCCAUAAAUCUAGAUAAGGCGCUAGUGAAAGCAGAGGCUUGUCAGCAGGAGCGCACAUGCCAAUUCUUGCAGGUACCUCAGGACGAUUGGGGGGGUUUCCCCAUGGGUAAGGACGAGGACAUCCCGUGCAGGCGCAUGCGCAGCGGCAGUUACGUCAAAGCCAUGGCGGAGGACGACAGCGGCGAUUCGGACGGAAGCCCCAAACCCUCGCCCAAGAUGCAGGCCAGACGGGCAAGCUACCUCAAAGCCACGCAACCGUCCCUCACCGAGAUGACCACGCUCAACAUUUCUACAGAACAUUCUCCGAAGCUGCAGAUCAGAAGCCAUAGCUAUCUGCGGGCGGUCAGCGAGGUUUCAAUCAACAGAAGUAUGGACAAUCUGGACCCCAAAGCUCUUCUCUCGUCUGCCCAGUACCGCUCGCGCAACGAGAGCUACAUGAGGGCUAUGAGCACCAUCAGCCAGGUUAGUGACCUGUCACAUGACCUGAUGAACCGUAUCUCCAUAUCUCCAUCAUCAAUUAGUGUUCACUUGUUUUUAAUCCUUCCUCCCUCCUCCUGUUCUCCCAUCUCCUGUCCGCCGGUCACGGUGAAGGUGAGUGAGGUGGAAGUGAACGGUCAGAUCGAGGCCGUUUGUGAGAGCGUGUUCAGCGAGUCCAAGGCGGCGGUGGAUGCUCUGGACCUGCCGGUUCCCGGAUAUUUUCGGAUGAGGAGUCACAGCUACGUCCGUGCCAUCGAUCAGGGCUGCUCUCAGGAUGAAGACGGGCCCUUACUCCCAGCAUCCCCACCGCGGACCACCACCACGGUCCGGACCAUCCAGAGCAGCACAGUGUCAUCAUGUAUCACCACCUAUAAGAAGACCCCCCCUCCGGUACCUCCACGCUCCUCCACAAAACCCUUCAUCAGCAUCACGGCUCAGAGCAGCACCGAGUCUGCGCAGGAUGCCUACAUGGACGGUCCGGUUCACUGUCACAGCGAAGCGACUCUGCAUUCGGCCCUCAGUAACUCCACCGAGAGCAUCGACAGCAUGAAGGCACUGACGGCGGCCAUCGAGGCGGCUAACGCUCAGGUGCACGGCCCCGCCUCCCAGCACGUCAGCAACAGCAAUACGGUCGGCUGCGGGUCUCCACUUCCUCUGCCUUUACCGAUUCCUCUACCCAUCCUGGUGCCAGUGCCGGUGCCCAUGCUUGAGGUUAAUCAGAGAGAAGCUCUCCGCAAGGGCAGGUGUCUCUCCAUCGGCAUCCAGGUGGACGGUCCAGAGGAUCAGAAAGCAGAGGACCAGUCCAAAUUUCAGUCAGUCGGCAUCCAAGUCGAGGAUGAGAGAAGUCACCGUCGGAUGGCGCGCUCCAACAGCGUAACGACGGCCGUGCAGGCCGACCUGGACACGCCCGACUUCUCUCCGUCCGAGUCGCCGGGUGUAGACAUCUCGUACCCCCGGGAUGCCGCGGCCUCCACCGUGAGCAUCCAGGGCUCAGGGAACCAUUACCACGCCUGCACCUCGGACGACUACGCCUCGGUGGACUUCGACCCCUCGGUGCUGCCGCCGCCCGAGCCGUGGGUGGACAUCACCGUACCCGAGAACCCCCUGCAGAGCGCCAGGAGCCGCUCGGUGUGCCAGCGCGACGGUCGCUGGUUCCUCAAGCUGCUGCAGGCUGAGGCCGAGCGGAUGGAGGGCUGGUGCAGGCAGAUGGAGCAGGAGGAACGCCACAACCAGCUACCCGACGAUAUUCUAGGUAAGAUCCGGAGCGCAGUAGGAAGCGCUCAGCUCCUCAUGUCUCAGAAGUUCCUGCAGUUCCGAGAGCUGUGUGAGGAGAACCUGAACCCAAACUCUCAUCCACGGCCCAUCGCUCAGGAUCUGGCUGGGUUCUGGGACAUGCUGCAGCUCUCUAUUGAAAACAUCAGCCUGAAGUUUGACGAGCUGCACCAGCUCAAAGCCAACAACUGGAGACCCCUGGAGCCGCCAGAUAGAAAGGAGAGGAGGUUGCCUCCCCCUGUGCCAAAGAAACCGGUGAGGUGCCACCCUCCGCUGGCGCGAGACCGCUCUCUGGAGAGUUCAGAGAAACAGAGGCAGGAGGCUCGCAAGCGUCUGAUGGCGGCGAAGAGGGCGGCGUCUGUACGCCAGAACUCGGCCACCGAGAGUGCCGACAGCAUCGAGAUCUACAUCCCUGAAGCCCAGACCAGACUCUGAGCGCUCUCUCUCUCUCUCUCUCUCACACACACACACACACACACACACACACACACACACACACACACGACUGCACUUGUGCACAUUAAUACUAAAAGCACAAACACACCGGCCUGGUCUGAGUGAAAGAUGCACCACCACCACUACACACUUACAUAAACAUGAAGCACAUGCUCACACUCGUACACACACCUCAGGACACACACUUUAGAGACACACCACACACCAAAACAUUCCCAUCAAAAGCAUAUAAACGUUUGGUACAGUUUGUGUGCAGUAGUUAACGACAGCGCCUCAGUAUUAACGGUGCAGAGCGUAAUUUGAAGUAUGUGCUUCCCCCCUCUGGCAGGAAAAUGUAACUGCAAGCAGCAAGUGAAUUAUUUCGUUUAUUUUAUUUAACAGAUAAAGGUGAUAAGAAAAGUCUCGAUUUUAACUCAUAAACCUAAUUAUAUUUUUGCACGCUCAAAUACGUUAUACAAGUCCUCAUUUCAGCUUAUUUUUGG